CUCGGUCCCUUCACUAACCACUCGGUAUUCACCAAUACUAUCAACUACGGAGUACGACUGCCUAGUAUCUAUUUAGCAGUAGCAGAUGCUUGACUCCCCGCUUCCCCUGCGCACACGCACGACUGACUGUCACCGCGACAUUUAUUAUUAUUAUUAUUGUUGUUCCUCAACUAAGUACGGAGUACUACCACACUACCACUGCCAACUACCGAUCGAUGAUGAAACCUCCCUCAGGGAAUUUCAAUCCAUUACUAUUCUAGACCCCCCCCCAAAAAAAAGAAAAUACGGAGGAGCAAAAAAGAAAAGAAGAAGAAAAAAAAAGACAAAAAGGCAAAAAGACAGAAAAAAGGCGGUACCAAUGGUUGGGAUAUCAAUUGCAGGUGGAUCACCAUGUCAAACAAAGAAAGAUCAAAAGGAAGAAGCUGGCAGGGAAAGAAAAGAAAACCAUCCCAAAUAAACGUGCAGGCCUUCCUAGAUGGGAAACGGGAACAUCCCUGCUGCUGCUGCUGCUGCUGCUGCUGCGACGACGACUCCUCUCCCUCCCACAGUACUACUUACUGCUACAGUACUACCACAUCAGUACUACUACAUACAAC